UGCCUCUCUCUGCCGUGGUUCAAUUGCCGAUCGAUGAAGGCAGCAUUCAAAUUAAAGUCUCCUCUCAGAGCUUUUAGCCAGCCUCGUCUGUAGUGAUUUUUUUUCAAAGGGGGAGAACUGAAAAUGUUGAGAGUCAGAUGCAGAGAGCGCACCGUCACAGCUUCUCACACUUGAUGCCCCUCUCAGCAGAGAUGGUUGAGCCCUCCUCGUCCAGGUUGCCGUGGUCCUCUCCUAAAAUUCACUCCCUCUCACUUCUCUCCUUCCUAUCAGCUGACACAGCUCGGCGGGCGGCUCUGCCUGUCUCUCUCCUCUGAGAAGAGAAGGAAAACGAGAGAGAGAGAGAGAGAGAAAAACAUAGGCUUCUUCAGCUGACACACACAUGCGUUACAGUUUGAGACCAUGAAGAGGACGCACACAGACGGAUACUACGAAGGAUCUAUUGAACCGCGGGACGUUUUCAACAGGAGAUGUGUUAAAUGUGGCCGCGGGGACUUUGUUCAGGGCAACGCAAUGAGGAUAAGGACGGGAGUUGUUUUUUGGAAUCUUCUUUUUUCACUAAUGGUCACUUGUGUGAAAGGUUUCAUCCAUACAUGUGGAGGCACUUUAAAAGGGAGGAAUGGGACGAUAGAAAGCCCCGGGUUUCCAUAUGGAUAUCCAAAUGGAGCGAACUGCACCUGGGUAAUUGUUGCCGAUGAGGGCAACAGAAUUCAUAUAGUUUUUCAAUCUUUCGCUGUGGAGGAGGAAUAUGACUUUUUAUCUUUGUACGAUGGACAUCCACACCCAGCUAACUUCAGGACGAGGUUAACAGGGUUCACGAUCCCGCCGCCUUUUACCAGUUCUGGUUCCAUAUUUUCACUGAGGCUUACCAGUGACUUCGCUGUGAGUGCUCAUGGAUUUAAAGUAGCUUAUGAAGAGCUGAGAAGCAGCUCAUGCGGGAAUCCUGGAGUUCCACCAAAAGGAAUCCUAAAUGGAACUCACUUCAACGUUGGUGACAAGAUACGGUACCGGUGUGUCAGUGGUUAUGUCCUGGAUGGACAUUCACUUCUGACCUGUGUCACCAACGCAGCCAGUGUGUCAGUGUGGGACUUCCCUGUGCCGAUUUGCAGAGCGGAGGACACGUGCGGUGGCACCCUGAGGGGAUCCAACGGACUCAUCUCCAGCUUCGAUUUCCCCAGUGGUGAUUCCCUGGGUACGGGCGGAGGAGGAAAUGCUGGAGGCCUAGGCAGCAGUGGAGAGUGUAGGUGGACCAUCCUGGCAGAUCCGGGUGACACCAUCUCCCUGGUGUUCACCGAGUUUCAGAUGGAGGAGAAGUCAGACUACCUGGAAGUGGAAGGAUCUGAACCACCAACCAUCUGGCUAACGGGAGUGAAUAUUCCCGCACCCAUCAUCAGCAACAAGAACUGGCUUCGGCUGCAUUUCGUGACAGAAAGCAACCACCGCCAUAAAGGCUUCAAGGCUCAGUAUCAAGUGAAAAGCUCAGGAGAGCUGAAAUCCAGAGGCGUCAAGUUAUUACCAGAGAAGGAGAACACCAACAAACUCUCUUUGAUGAAUGAAGGUGGAAUCAAACAGGUGUCUAAUUACUGUCCUGACCCAGGGGAGCCGGAGAAUGGCAAACGGAUUGGCUCCGACUUCAGCAUCGGAGCGACUGCUCAAUUUACCUGUGAUGAAGACCAUGUGCUACAGGGCUCCAAAAUGAUUACCUGCCAGCGUGUGGCCGAAGUCUUCGCAGCUUGGAGCGACCACAGACCCGUGUGCAAGGUCAAAACAUGUGGGUCGAAUCUACUGGGACCAUCGGGGACGUUUACCUCCCCAAAUUUCCCCAUCCAGUAUGAAAGUAACUCCCAGUGUGUGUGGAUCAUCACUGCCAGUGACCCAAACAAGGUUAUCCAGAUUAACUUUGAAGAGUUUGACCUUGAAAUAGGUUACGAUUCAUUAACCAUUGGAGACGGAGGGGAAGUCGGCGACUCCAGAACAAUAAUACAAGUGCUGACUGGCAGCUUUGUCCCAGACUUGAUCGUCAGCAUGUCUCAUCAGAUGUGGCUCCAUCUCCAGUCUGAUGAGAGCGUUGGUUCGAUUGGCUUUAAGAUCAACUAUAAAGAAAUUGACAAAGAGAGUUGUGGAGACCCUGGUACACCUCUGUACGGCUACCAAGAGGGCAGUGGUUUUCUAAAUGGAGAUGUUCUGCGCUUUGAAUGCCAGUUUGGAUUUGAGCUCAUCGGGGAGAGGACAAUAACCUGCCAGAACAACAAUCAGUGGUCGGCUAAUAUCCCCAUCUGCAUAUUUCCCUGUUUCUCCAACUUCACCGCUCCCAUGGGGACGGUGCUGUCGCCCGACUACCCAGAAGGCUAUGGGAACAACCUCAACUGCGUGUGGCUGAUUAUAUCUGAGCCAGGCUCUAGAAUUCACCUGGCGUUCAAUGACUUUGACCUGGAACCUCCCUAUGACUUCCUCACUAUCAAAGAUGGCGACCAAUCAGGAGCAACAAUAUUGGGGCGAUUCUCGGGCGCUGAGGUUCCCUCUCAUCUUACCUCCAACAGUAACGUGCUGCAGCUGGAGUUUCAGGCCGAUCACUCGAUGUCAGGGCGGGGCUUUAACAUCACCUACAGCACUUUUGGCCGUAAUGAGUGCCCUGACCCUGGCAUACCGUUGAAUGCCAGACGCUUUGGGGAUAGUUUCCAGCUGGGGAGCUCCAUCUCUGUAGUUUGUGAGGAGGGCUUCAUCAAGACACAGGGGGCUGACACCAUCACAUGUCAUCUGGAGGAAGGCAAAGUGAUGUGGAGCGGACUCAUUCCCAAAUGUGAAGCUCCCUGUGGAGGUCACUACUCAGGUCCUUCUGGUGUCAUCCUGUCCCCGGGGUGGCCCGGCUACUACAAAGACUCACUGAGUUGUGAGUGGGUCAUUGAAGCGGAACCAGGACGUUCCAUCAAGAUCAGCUUUGACAGGUUUCAAACUGAACUGAGCUACGAUUUCCUGGAAGUACAUGAUGGACCCAACCUCCUCUCUCCUCUCGUCGGCUCCUUUAAUGGAACCCAGGUCCCUCAGUUCCUAUUCAGCAGCAGUAACUUCUUGUAUCUGCUGUUCACCACAGACAAUAGUCGAUCAAACAGUGGCUUCAAGAUCUUUUACGAAGUAGUGACACUGGACACAUACUCCUGCAUGGACCCUGGGAUCCCGGUCAACGGAAUGAGGUUCGGCCACGACUUGUCCAUUGGAUCCACGGUUUCCUUCUUCUGUGACCCAGGAUACAGACUGAGUCAUGACGAACCACUGCUUUGUGAGAAGAACCACUUCUGGAGCCACCCGCUGCCCUCCUGUGAUGCAUCAUGUGGGGGGGACAUCAGAGGACCUGGAGGAAUCAUCUUGUCACCUGGAUACCCAGAGCUGUAUCCAAACUCUUUAAACUGCACAUGGACUGUAGAAGUCAGUCACGGAAAAGGUGUCCAGUUCACUUUCCACUCCUUCCACCUUGAGGAUCACCAUGACUACCUGCUGAUAACAGAGAAUGGCAGCUUUGCUCAGCCACUGGCUCGACUCACCGGCUCAGACAGGCCUGCGCCGGUCAAUGCCGGUCUGUUCGGAAACUUCAAGGCCCAGCUCCGUUUCAUUUCUGACUUCUCCAUAUCACUGCAGGGAUUCAACAUCUCCUUCUCAGAAUACAAUCUUGAGCCCUGUGAGAACCCGGGGUCUCCUCAGUUUGGCUGGCACACGGGAUCCAAGUUUGGGAUUGGUGACUUGCUGAUGUUCUAUUGCAACACAGGCUAUCGUCUGCAGGGGGCGAGGGAGAUUGUGUGCUUGGGAGGUGGCCGCCGUAUGUGGAGUGCACCUCUGCCAAGGUGUGUGGCUGAGUGUGGCUCGACGGUUUCCAGCAAUGAGGGAGUUCUUUUGUCACCGAAUUACCCGAUGAACUACGACAACAGCCACGAAUGUGUGUACAGCAUUCACGUCCAAACCGGCAAAGGCAUCAACAUCACCGCCGGCACCUUUCAGCUGGCACAGGGCGACGUCAUCAAGGUGUAUGAUGGCAAAGAUGGUGGCUCUCCACUCCUUGGCACCUACACAGGCACUGUGAUGCAAGGUCUGUCCCUCACCAGCACUUCCAACUACCUUUGGCUGGAGUUCUACUCCGACCAGGAGGUGACAGCAGCGGGGUUCCGGCUCAUAUACCACAGCUUUGAGCUGUCUCACUGUGAUGAUCCAGGGGUGCCGCAGUUCGGCUUCAAGGUCAGCGACCAGGGCCACUUUGCUGGGAGUGCCAUCACAUUUGGCUGCGAUCAAGGCUACACCCUGCAUGGCAGCAGUAUACUGAAGUGUAUGACAGGGGAGAGAAGAGCGUGGGACAACAGCCUCCCAUCAUGCAUAGCGGAGUGUGGUGGCAGUUUCAAGGGUGAGUCUACAGGGCGAAUCCUCUCUCCUGGGUAUCCUUUUCCCUACGACAACAACCUGAGGUGCACGUGGACAAUCGAGGUCAGCUCUGGCAACAUUGUCAGUCUCCAGUUUCUUGCCUUUGACACAGAGGCGUCCCACGAUAUCCUGAAGGUGUGGGACGGUCCUCCUGACAACGAGAUGUCUCUGAAGGAGGUCAGCGGCUCGCUCCUGCCUGAGGGAAUACACUCCACUCUCAAUAUCGUCACCAUCCAGUUUGAGACUGACUUCUACAUCACCAAGUCUGGUUUUGCCAUCGACUUCUCCAGUUCGCUCGCGACAGCUUGCAGAGAUCCCGGCAUUCCCAUGAAUGGCAGUCGCAACGGGGAAGGGCGGGAGCCAGGCGACUCGGUGACCUUCUCCUGUGAUCCAGGAUAUGAAUUGCAGGGAGAGAGCAGAAUCACCUGCAUCCAAGUGGAAAAUAGAUACUACUGGCAACCCAGCCCUCCAAGCUGCAUCGCACCUUGUGGUGGAAAUGUUACAGGAUCUUCAGGAUUCAUCCUCUCGCCCAACUACCCAAAUCCUUACCCACACAGCAAAGACUGCGACUGGCUUAUCGCAGUACACUCUGACUACGUCAUCUCUUUGGCUUUCAUCAGCUUCAGCAUCGAACCCAACUACGAUUUCGUGUACAUCUACGACGGCCCGGACAGCAGCGCUCAUCUGAUUGGCAGUUUUCAGGACAGUAAACUUCCUGAGAAGAUAGAGAGCACUUCCAACUUCAUGUUCUUGGCAUUUCGUAGUGAUGGCUCAGUGAGCUACACUGGCUUUCAUUUAGAGUACAAAGCAAAACUACGGGAGGCAUGUUUUGAUCCCGGGAACGUGAUGAAUGGCACCCGUAUGGGCUCCGACUACAAGCUGGGAUCCAUGGUGACAUUUCACUGUGAGAGCGGCUAUCUGCUGCAGGGCUACUCCACUCUGACAUGCGUCAUGGGCAACACCAAGAGACCAGAAUGGGAUCGGGCCAAACCCAGCUGUCAAGCUCCCUGUGGAGGUCACUUCACAGGUUCAGAGGGAACUGUGCUGUCUCCAAACUAUCCACAUAAUUACACCAGAGGCCAGAGCUGUGUCUAUGACAUCUUUGUCCCCGGGGAUUUUGUGCUUUUUGGGCAGUUUGUGGUUUUCCAGACGUUGAUCAGUGAUGUGGUGGAGAUCUACGACGGCUCGUCCACAGAAUCACCGCUGCUCUCCUCCAUAUAUGGACCACAUUCAGGCGAGACACUUCCUCUAAGCUCAGGAAACAAGAUUACACUCAAAUUUACAACAAAUGGAACCGAAACGGCGAAAGGAUUUCAUUUUGUUUACCAAGCUGUCCCCAGGACAAGUGCCAGUCAGUGCAGCUCCGUCCCUGAGCCCCGUUUCGGGAAGAGGAUCGGGAACGACUUUGCCAUUGGAAUGGCGGUGUUGUUUGAGUGCAACCCAGGUUAUACACUGCACGGCUCCAACGCCAUCAAGUGCGAAGCCGUGCCCAGUGCCCUCGCCCAGUGGAACGGCACUGUGCCCACAUGUGUCGUUCCCUGUGGUGGAGUGUUGAUUGGCCGACGGGGCACCAUCCUCUCUCCUGGAUAUCCAGAACCAUAUGCCAACUAUUUGAACUGCGCCUGGAAAAUUACAGUUCCUGAAGGAGCUGGCAUUCAAAUUCAAGUUGUGACCUUCACUACAGAACACAACUGGGACUCGCUUGAUUUUUUUGACGGGGUUGACGGCAAUGCUCCAAGGCUCGGUAGUUACUCAGGAACGACGAUUCCUCAGCUGCUGAACAGCACGUCCAACAAUCUGUACCUGACCUUCCAGUCUGACAUCAGUGUGUCUGCCACCGGAUUCCACUUGGAGUACACAGCAAUAGGUUUGGAUUCGUGCCCUGAGCCGCUGCCGCCCAGUAACGGCCAGAGAGUGGGUGACCGCUACACUGUGGGUGACAUGGUGUCGUUCCAGUGUGACCAGGGCUUUUCACUACAGGGUAAUGCAUACAUUACCUGCAUGCCUGGACCUGUCAGGAGAUGGAAUUAUCCAGUACCUCUGUGUUUAGCUCAGUGUGGAGGCUCUUUGACAGACUUCACUGGUGUGAUUCUCAGUCCAGCCUUUCCAGGGAAUUACCAAAGUAGCCUGGACUGCACCUGGAGAGUUCAGCUCCCUAUAGGAUUUGGGAUCCAUCUGCAGUUUCUGAACUUCUCCACAGAGCCUGUUCAUGACUACCUGGAGGUGCGCAGUGGGAGCCUGGAGACAGGAAGUGUGAUUGAUCGCUUUAGCGGCCCCAUGGUGCCCAACUCCCUCUUCAGCACCACCCACGAAACCACUCUGUUCUUCCACAGUGACUACUCGCAGAACAAGCCUGGCUUCCAUGUUGUGUACCAGGCGUAUGAGCUACAGAGGUGUCCAGAUCCGAGACCAUUCCGUAACGGCGUGGUGAUCGGUCAAGAAUACAGCGUGGGAAUGACUAUUUCUUUUGAGUGCCUGCCGGGCUACACCCUGCUCGGAGAGCCUUCACUCACGUGCCUGCAUGGAGCCAGCAGGCACUGGAAUCACCCGGUUCCUCGCUGUGAAGCUCUCUGUGGUGGAAAUAUUACAUCAAUGAAUGGCACAAUUUACUCACCCGGACACCCAGCAGAGUACCCACACUUCCAGGACUGUAUGUGGACUGUCAGAGUACCUCCUGGCUAUGGCAUCUACAUCAACUUCUCUGUCAUAAAUACAGAGCCAAUCUACGAUUACAUCACUGUGUGGGAUGGACCGGACCAGACCUCUCCUCAAAUUGGUCAGUUCAGCGGCAGCUCCAUCCAGGAAGGCGUGUACACCACCGCCAAUCAGAUCCUCAUCAAGUUCCACAGCGACUUCAGCACCAGCGGCUUCUUCGUGCUGCUGUACUACGCGUACCAGCUGAGGACCUGUCAGCCGCCUCCUGUCGUGGCCAACGCCACCACGCUAAGUGAAGAUGACGAGUUUGAAAUAGGGGACAUUAUCCGCUACUCCUGCCUGCCAGGCUUUACCUUGAUGGGCAGUGAGAUUCUGACCUGUCGGCUUGGAGAGAGACUACAGAUGGAUGGACCCCCACCAGUCUGUCAAGUACAAUGUCCAGCCCAUGAGGUUCGCUUCGAUUCCACGGGUGUCAUCUUGAGUCCAGGCUUCCCUGACAAUUACCCCAAUCUCCAGAUGUGUUCCUGGCUCAUUAACGUGGAGAAGGGCUACAACAUCACUCUGCACUUUGAACUUUUCCAGACGGAAAAGGAGUUUGACAUUUUGGAAAUCUUUGAUGGGCCCAACAUCUACAGCCAAAACCUGGCCUCACUCAGUGGUGACAUUGAAACACCCUUCAGCCUGACCACCACCGGUCAUCAGCUCCUGCUGCGCUGGUCCUCUGAUCACGGCACCAACAGACGUGGUUUCCAUAUCAGAUACGUGGCCAUGUACUGCAGUACACCUGACUCCCCACAACAUGGGUUUGUCGUGAGCCAGACCGGGGGCCAUCUGAACAGUGUGGUACGCUGGGCCUGCGACAGGGGAUACAAGCUGAUUGGAAAAGGCACAGCUGUGUGCAAAAAGACCACAUAUGACUACUUUGCCUGGGAUGCUCCAGUUCCCGCGUGUCAAGCUGUGUCGUGCGGUGUGCCCAGUGCGCCGGUGAACGGAGGUGUCCUCGCUGCCGAUUACUCCGUCGGCACUCGGGUGACCUACUUCUGCAACGGUGGCUACAGGCUCUCCUCCAAAGAACUGACGACCACGGUCUGUCAGCCAGACGGUACCUGGAGCAACCACAACAAGAUACCUCGAUGCAUCGUCAUGAGCUGUCCCAGUCUCAGCUCCUUCUCUCUGGACCACGGGAAAUGGAGGGUGGUUAACGGCUCACACUACGAGUACGGCACAAAAAUCAUUUUCACCUGCAAUCCUGGAUUCUACCGUGUUGGCCCCGCCCACAUCCAGUGCUUGUCCAAUGGUGUUUGGAGUUGGAGGAACGAGAGACCUCGAUGUAGAAUCAUUUCCUGUGGCAAUCUGCCCAUUCCUCCUAAUGGGAACAAAAUAGGAACGCAGACUACCUUUGGAGCGUCUGCCAUCUUCAGCUGUAACACUGGUUAUGUUUUAACUGGCUCCACCGUCAGAGAGUGUCUGCUGUCGGGUCUGUGGAGUGGAAUGGAGACUCACUGCCUGGCCGGACACUGUGGUGUCCCAGAGCCAUUUGUUAAUGGACAGGUGAUUGGGGAGAACUUUGGUUACAGGGACACAGUGGUUUAUCAGUGCAACCCUGGAUUCAGGCUGAUCGGAUCUUCAGUACGGAUCUGUCAGCAGGACCACAGCUGGUCUGGACAGCUCCCAGUUUGUAUCCCUGUGACGUGCGGCCACCCCGGCAGCCCCAUCUACGGCCGCACCAUCGGUGAUGGCUUCAACUACAAUGACGUUGUGCGUUUCUCCUGCAACAAAGGCUACACCUUAGAAGGACCUUCCACAGCUCAGUGUCAGACCAGCCGUCAGUGGAGCCAGCAGCCACCCACAUGCAGAGUUGUAAACUGCACUGAUCCUGGUAUCCCUGCCAACUCCAUACGGGAGAGUAAGAUCGAGCACGGCAACUUCACAUUUGGCAGCGUGGUCUUCUACGACUGCAACCCUGGAUAUUACCUGUUCGGCUCGUCGGUGCUCACCUGCCAGCCAGAGGGACACUGGGACAAACCUCUACCUGAAUGCAUCGAGGUGGACUGCGGUCACCCAGGUGUUCCUCCCCACGGAGUGAUGAGUGGAGAGAAGUUUACCUUUGGCUCCACAGUGCGUUACUCCUGCUCUGGAGAACAUCAGUUAAUGGGAGAUUCAUCACUCACCUGUCAGCUGAACGGUCACUGGAGUGGUCCACUGCCCCACUGCUCAGGCGACUCAGGCGGCACCUGUGGAGAUCCUGGAACACCUGCUCAUGCUAGCAGGGAGGCGGGGAACUUCAAAGUGCGCAGCAAGGUGCGUUUCACCUGCGCAGUGGGACACACACUGUACGGCUCAGCAGAGAGGAUUUGCUUUCCCAACGGGACCUGGUCAGGCCGACAGCCGUUCUGCAAACCGGUACAGUGUGCUAAUCCCGGGACCCCUACUCACGGCCGUGUUUCCCGGGUGGAUGGAACAACCUUCUCCCACUCUAUUGUAUAUUCUUGCAUGGAAGGCUAUUACCUCACUGGCUCUCCUACAAGACAGUGUCUGGCAAACGGCACAUGGUCGGGCAUGGCUCCAAACUGCACAUUGAUUACCUGUGGCGACCCUGGGAUUCCAGCGAGUGGUCUUAGAUUUGGCGAAGACUUCACAGUGGGCCAGAACAUGACAUUCCAGUGCCAGCCAGGAUAUGUGAUGAUAGAAGGAGACAGCACCGUCUCAAGGACCUGUACCAACAACGGCACCUGGAGUGGCACCAUGCCAACGUGCCAAGUGGUGACGUGUCCUACCCCACCACCCAUACCUAACGGUCUGCUGGAGGGCUCCGUCCUGGAGUGGGGCACCAGCGUCAGCUACAGCUGCCUGCCGGGCUACGAGUUGUCCUUCCCUGCCAUCCUGACCUGCACCGGGAAUGGAACGUGGAGUGGAGACUUGCCUCAGUGCUUGCCCACAUUCUGUGGAGACCCUGGUCUGCCAGCCAAGGGACGGAGGGAAGGUCGCAGUUUCAUCUUCAAGUCAGAGGUGACUUUCAGCUGCAGCGCCCCCUACGUUCUGGUGGGAUCAGCCACACGUAUGUGCCAGGAGGUUGGCGCUUGGAGUGGCUCUCAACCACGAUGUAUAGAGCCAACGAGAACUACGUGUGAAAAUCCUGGAACACCGGAGCACGGCUUCAUGAAUUAUACAACAGGUUUUAAGGUGGGCAGCAGGGUAGACUUCCAGUGCCAACAGGGACACCUGCUGCAGGGCUCCACCACCCGCCUGUGUUUGCCUGAUCUCACCUGGACCGGAACGCAGCCAACCUGCAUCCCUCACUCCUGCAAGCAGCCGCGGAGCCCAGCCAACGCUGACGUCCUGGGUCUAGACCUGCCCUCCUACGGCUACACUCUGGUGUACACCUGUCAGCCAGGUUAUUUCCUCUCCGGGGGCUCGGAGCACCGUGUCUGCCGCUCCGACGGCAGCUGGACUGGCAAGGUGCCUGUCUGCAGAGUCGGUUCCAAAUCGCAUGAGAAAACUGUCAAGCCAGUACCAGGGACGCCAAGCCCAAAAAUAACUGUUCCUGACAAUGUCUUUGCCCCUGAUUUCAUCUGGAAGGGUUCCUAUCAUUACAAAGGCCAGAAACAGCCGAUGACAUUGACGGUCACAAGCUUUAAUGUUACAACGGGAAAAAUCAAUGUAACUUUAAGCGACAGUAGCGUGGAGUUUCAGCUCUCUGGAGUGUACAAGCGCCAAGAGGCACAGUUAACACUCCUGCUGUACCAUAUGAGAGCACUAGCCCACAGCUCCCUGAGCAGGAUCACAGCUGAGACCUGGACAAUGGAUGGAUUUGUCUCAGCUGAGCCUGAAGGUGGCAGCUAUGUAUUCCAAGGAUUUAUACAGGGUAAAGACUACGGACAGUUUGGACUACAGAGACUUGGUUUGAGCGUUAGGGAAAAUGUUACCCUCCCCGACCCUGAACCUAACGGCUCCACCAACAGCAGUUCUGUUGCUGUUGCUAUCCUCGUGCCUUUCUUUGCCCUCAUCUUUGCAGGCCUGGGUUUUUAUCUCUACAGACAGAGGAAAACAGAUAAAGCCCAGUACACGGGAUGUUCGGUCCACGAGAACAACAACGGUCAGGCCACAUUUGAGAACCCCAUGUACAAUACGAACACGAAAGCUGCUGAGGGGAAAGUCGUCCGCUUCGACCCUAAUCUCAACACCAUCUGCACCAUGAGAGAACACUGAAAUGGAUGG